GAGGAGCCGGUGAUGGCGCAAACAGCGGAGGACCGGACCCGCUCCAGCAGGGGCUUUCGUGGAAACAAAGGCAGCGGGCGCAGGGCGCUAACCACGGCCCGGCUGAGCCUGAGGGAAGGGGAGCGCAGGGGGCGAAGGCCUCGCAAAAUCGUUAUUAUUGCGAUUAAUACAAAACGUACGAGCAUUAUCUUCAUCUUUGGGGGCUGAUUCUGUAGAGGCUCUAGGAGUCCUGAGCAGCUCGGCAAGCUUUGUAGAACGGGUGAGCGAGUUUCCAUUACUCCUUCAACGCUCACUGUUGGACAUCAUUGAUUUCUGGCUUUGUUAAGGAAUAAACUGUAAAGCUAAAGUCGUUUGCUGGUGUCCAGCUCCGCAUCUGGAGCCUUGUCUGCUGUCCCAAAGCUCUGAACAUCACUCUGAAGGACUCAGCAUCUCAUCAGGGAGCAUGAACAGGAACUGCUGAACAACUUCUGUUUGUUUUUUUCUCCCAGUGACUAUCACAAGAAACAGAAUGCCCUCAGAGCGCUUCAAAAGAAAGCUCUGGACAAGAAUCCUGAUGAGUUCUACUUUAAAAUGAUACGUGCAGAGCUCCAGGAUGGAGUUCAUGUAAUAAAGCAGCCAAAGGAUGAAGUGACCCCCGAACAGGUGAAAUUGAUGAGGACGCAGGAUAUUAAAUAUGUAGAAAUGAAGAGAGUGGCAGAAGCCAAGAAAAUCGAGAGGCUGAAGUCGGAGCUCCAUCUGCUGGAUGCUGAGGGGAAGAAUCCCAACAAGCACGUGUUCUUUUUUGAUACCAAAAAAGAAGUUCAGGAGUUUGAUAUUGCAACUCACCUGGAUACUGUUCCAGAGCUCGUAGACAGAGUGUACAACCGACCGACCAUUGCAACGUUGCAGAAAGAGACGCUGAAAGGAGCUACUGACCCUGCCCACUUAAAGAAAUUAGCCCAGCAAAGGAAGAAUCAGUACGACCUCCUGAAGCAGCGCAUUGAGAGGGAAAAGGCCAUGUUUGUGAUUGCGCAGAAAAUCCAGACACGUAAAGACCUUCUGGACAAAACUCAUAAAGUAAAGGUGAAGAAAGAGACAACAAAUGGUCCAGCUAUUUACAGAUUCAAAUUUCAGCGGAAGCGUUAGCCAUGCCAUUAAAUAAUCAUUACUGGCUUUGCUUAGGAAGAGAGAGGAAUUCUCCUUACGAAGGACUGAUACGCCACAUCAGUUUGUUUUUCACUGCAGCCUGGCGCUUUGUUAAAACAAAUUACUGUGGGCCUGCGGUAGCCAUAAAUACAUUGUAUCUAAUUAAUUGAUUAAUAAAUCAGAGGGUUUGCUCUCUUGGU